AUGCUGCCAGUGCCGGUGCGGAGAGAGCGGGGCCCGGCGCCCGCGGCGGUUGUUGGGGUCCGGCCACCCAGCCGGCCCCGGGCGGAGCUCCGCCGCGGCAGCGUGCGUUCCGCCGCCUCCUGCGGCGCGACUGUCCCCAGGUCCGUUUGUGAGCGCGCUGUGCACCAGGAAAGAGAUGCUUGUAACAGAACAAACACACCGGAUGAUUCGGAGGGGAAUGAGAGUGAGGAGAAGGCUGAUGAAGAUAGCGAGAGGGAGGAAGAGUGGGAUACUGACCUUGAAAUAGAAGAAACCAAGGAACCUUUUGACCCAACUGGAAGGACCAGAUACAUAGCAGCCUGCCAACUAUAUAGAGUGGUACCCAUAUCCUAUUUCCUGCGUCACAUGAAGGACUCUGAACUGAUUAUGAAGCACCAUGGACUUGGCACACAGGGUGCCAAAGCUUUAUCUCUUUCCUUGAUGACCAACACCUCCAUCGUAAAGUUAAACCUGAGUGAUAAUUGGCUGGAUGGAGAAGGGGCAGCUGCAGUUGCAGAGAUGUUAAAAGAAAACUGUUACAUUUCAGAUGUUGAUUUAUCUGACAACAGACUUGGAGUUAAAGGAGCCGAGGCCCUUUCUGCUAUGCUUCUGGAGAAUACUACAGUUCUUACCCUUAAACUUUCAGGAAAUGAGUUUGAUGACCAUGCAGCUAAGUACCUAUCUGAUGCCCUCCCGGCUAACAAUAAAAUGGAAUCUCUGGAUCUGAGUCACAACAUGCUUGGUGACACAUCAGGUGAGGUUCUUGGAAUGGCAAUAGCAGAAAACUCUGGACUAAAGGAGCUUAAUAUCAGCUGGAACUACUUCCGUAGCCAAGGAGCAGCUGCCUUAGCCAGAGGCUUCGAGGCAAACAUGUUUCUCAGAGUUCUGGACCUUUCCUACAAUGGCUUCAGCAACAACGGAGCAGCUGCUCUGGGGGAGGCCCUUAAAGUCAACAAUGUGCUGGAAGAGCUCAACAUUAGCAAUAACCGCAUUUCAUUGGAAGGAGCUCUGCGGUUUGCAGUAGGCCUGAAAGAAAACCAGACUCUGAAGAGACUUAAUAUGGCCAGAAAUCCCAUGCAGAGUGAAGGCUGCUUUGGGAUUCUCAAAUCUAUACAAGCAAAUUCUGGUGCCGUGGUAGAAAUCUUGGACUUCUCAGACAUCCCUGUGAACAAAGACUUUGCAGACCUGUGUGAUGCUGUGAAAAUGCUUUUGCCAAAUUUUCAGAUCAGAUAUGGUGGAAAUGCAACAUUGCACAAAAAAGACCAACCAAAGGUUGAGAUCCAAUCUUGAUUCAGCGUGGAGGGUGAUUCAUAGAAUCCUUUGACCUAAAAGGAACCUCUUCAAGGUCACUUUGGGUUUCCCAGGAAUUUUCGUAACACUACAUGUGCUCAGUGGAAUCAAAGGUCUUCCUUUUAUUUGUGACGGGAACUGGAUGAGCCUUGGACACCCCCAAAAUAUGCAACCCCUUUGAUUAUUCCUUCUUUUGAUCUAUCUUACAUUGAAUGGUGGGAGCAGUUGUCAUCUAUACAUUGCCCCUCCCCAGUCCCCCCAAAAUGAAAUUUUCUCCAAGAGGCGCCUUGUUGAAUGUGCCAAAGUAUGAGACUGCCCCUACCAUUGUCCUGGUAAAAUAGGUUCCUGAUAUUCUGUAUUUUGUUGAAGCUUCACUAUUGGUACAGAAUGAAUGUGUUUGUCCUGUUCAGUGUUGUGCGGAAAUCUGGUUGUGCCUGAUGAAUGUGCCAAGGAAUGAGAUUUUUGUUUACUACCGCUUUUCAGCAAAUAAUGAGAUUUUUAAAUAAGCUAUAGAACCUUUUGAGGAAAAUUGUGUAGCCAAAUGAAAUUUGUCCUGUAAUUGUGAAAAUAGUUUGUUUUAUAUCUAAUAAAUAUUUACUGUCAUUUAAACUCA